CAACCUGCCCGAAGAACUCAUGCUGCAUGUGGUCGUCGAGUCUGUGCGAACAUGGCAGGAACAUUUUCACAGCAACUGGAAGAGCUUUUAAACCCGUUACCCAAAUUUGCCGACCCCGAGGACGAUGAAGACGACGCGACUAAGGCAAAAGUUGUUGAAGGCCUUGACGGAAGCGACGGUGAGGAGGACGGGGUCAACGUCAGCUCCUUGAGGAAGCUGAACUUGCUCUCUGACACCGAUGUCAGGUACAGGGGCAAAGCAGUGUCUCGCAAGCAGCUGCUGAUGGACUUGGAAGCAAAUGAAGAUGAUGAUGACGGAGAUGAUGAUGACGGAGAUGAUGAUGAUGAUGAUGAUGAUGAUGAUGAUGAUGAUGAUGUCGACGACGACGACGACGACGACGAUGAUGAUGGAGAGAAGGCUGACGCUACCAGAGAUCUAGAUGACGAUGCAUCUUCAGUGGAUGAGAAUGAUGCAAUGUUUUCUCAGAGUGCAGUGGACUUUCAUAAACUGACUGAAGGCAUGGACGAUCUGGGAGAGAGCGAAGGGGAUGAGAGUGAUGAAGAUACAAGCAGUGGUGGUGAUGAUGAUGAUGAUGAUGAUGAUGAUGAUGAUCUGGUGGACAAUGAAGAGGAUGGAGCAGUGACCACGUUCUCCCAACAGAAGGUGGACGAAGAGGUGGAGAAAGGAAAAGCCGUCAAAAAUCAACUGGUACUUUGGGAUCAGCUAUUGGAGGGUCGUAUUAAAAUCCAAAAAGCCCUCAUAACGACAAACCAGCUGCCGCAACCGGAAACUCUACCCGAGUUCAAGAGGAGAGGCGGAGUAGAGUUGGCUGCAGCCUUGAAGACCAACCAUAAAGCUCUGAAAGCCCUGCAGAGGUCACUACUGGAGUUACAUGAACAGCUGCUCUUCCAAAAUACAGAAACACGCACCAUUGUGAUGUCUGAUGAUGCACAAAGUGAUGAGGAGCAUGAGGAGCGCGGGCCAGUCAAGCGUAAACUGGAAAUGGCUGAGUAUCCCGAAUUUGCAGCCAAGCGCUUUGCUGCCUUCCAGCCCUACUGCAAUGCCACUUUGCAGAAGUGGCAUGACAAAACCAGACUGACCAUGGGCAAGAGCAGCAAAACCUUUGGUGCAUUUGAGAGGAACAUUCUGACCCAAGUUGAGCAUGUGCUGAUGGACAAGGAGAGGCUAGUACGGAGGACACAGACCAGACGCUCAGAGUACAGAGUCCUGGGGAAAUCGGAGAAGCCCACUGUUGCUGCAGACGUCAGCUGUGAGGGACAGGAGCCUGAGCUUCAGAUUAAAUCAAACACUCACCUGAAGGAUUUGGAUGAGGACAUCUUUGACGACGACGACUUCUACCACCAGCUGCUCCGGGAACUCAUUGAACGCAAGACCAGUGCAGCUGACCCCAACAACCAGGUGGCCAUGGGCAGGCAGUGGCUGGCCAUCCAGAAGCUCCGCAGCAAGAUCAAGAAGAAGGUCGACACCAAAGCCAGCAAGGGACGUAAAGUCCGUUUCCACAUCCACAGUAAACUUGUGAACUUCAUGGCUCCCAUAGAUCACAGCUCCAUGAGUGACGAGGCUCGCAGCGAACUGUACCGCGGCCUCUUUGGCCAGAACUCAGUCCGAGAGUGACAUACAGAGAGUUGUUAUGGAGAACGCAUGGUGUAUGAACAUGAACACAGUGUAUACAUGGAGAAAUGUUUGUCUGUUUGAAAAAUUCAGGGGUAUUUUGAUUAUAAAAUGCUUUUCAUGCAAACGCAAGUUGUUUUGAAAAUAAAACUCUUAUCCAUUUGUGUUGUGAAGCAUACAAUAACCUGACUGUGUUCAUGAUCAGUGCCAUGGCUGAAUGUUUAUGACUGACACUCUGUAGUCCAAGCAGUGACAUUUUAAAAACAGUCUUCAUGAAGUCGGUUUCAUUCAAAUGUUACCAAGGUGGAAUUCGUAAUGAAAAACAAAACUCACACAUACAAUAACACAUUUAUUUUUCAGUAGCAAACAGCCACUACCCUGAAUUAGAUUUAUUUAAACGUAACAGAACUAAAAUUAGAGUAAAACACCUUCUACCAAUGUGUUUUCAGACUGCAGUAUAAAAUACAACCAAGUGGCAAAGAUGAAUUUUAUAAAUCAGACAACGCAUGUAUUUAUCACAACGCAUCAAAGCAAAAGUAGUACCUGAGAAUCUUUUCAGGAAAACAUGACAGUACUUAUUUACGUAUUUAUAAUGUGUGAAAAUGUGUCUAGAACAGAUUUUGAAAACAUUAAAUAGUAGAUUUAAAUGAAUAAAUCUUAUUAAGUACAGUCUUAAUACUGCGCAAGGAAACGUCUUUGGUGAAGAUGUCAGACAUCAAAUUGGACAAUGGAAAGAACAUAAAUCGGGUAACACUGCCAACUUUUUAAAAAACACAAUAUAAAUCAAUGCUGAACACCUGAAUGUUUUAACAAAAUGAAUCCAGUUGCAUUAUUGUAGUGAUUCUCUCCGGGGUGGAGGGAAAAGGCCAUUAAAUAGCAUGUAGCUAUGCUGUUUCUCCUGUGAUGUGAAACGGGACAUUGAAGAACCCGUCUAUGCAUUAUAUUGCAUUGUUGAGUGAAAAUCAUUUGCUGAAACAUUUCUUUCUUUCCUCGCUCACCAUCACUCCGUUCAUUAUAGCAGGGUCUGUUAUGCACAUUUCCCAGCACAUAAAAAAGGCAGUUAGACAGGAUGUAGUGUACUCAGUGCGGGCGACUGCUGGACUCCAUGGCUGCCGGCGUCUUGUUUGUCCCAUCAGCAAUGAACCACCCAUUGAGCCGCUUGGUCAGACCCCCGUUUAGAAUGUCUUGGAUGUGUUGAACGAUCAGGUUAAUAGCCACUAGAACAGCAACAUAUAGCAUUAGCUGAAAGUUACCUAGACACGAGAAUGUUAAAUCCCCGCUCCCCCCCAAAAAUGUAGUCAUCACAAGGUUAUGCUUGUUGCACCCAAUCUGUAGCUCUCAUACAUUUUAAACUAUAGGCAGGUGUGUUUUGCUUCUUAAAUACUUCAUUAGAGGUACUGUAUGAAUAUCUAAAUGUGGUUAAAAUGUUACUUUCAUCAAGCAAAAAAAAAGCCAUUACUGGAAAAGUGGGGGAAAUGUGAUCCACUGACUCACCAACAAUGGAUUGAUAUUGUAUUGCAAAUUAUUUUCAUUAUGGAAAAACAUCAGCUUAGACUACAAAAUACACUUUUUGAAGAAAUGGACUGAGAUGAAGGAGCGACAACAAAUGUAA